GUCUCCUUCCACAUUUUAGUCAAGACACCAAAUGCUACUAUCCAUGCUAUAAAUAGGACUCUUCACCUCUCCAUGCUAAAUAUCAAACCACAUAAAAAAAAGUACUAACACAUAAACUUCUCUCUUUUUCUCUGCUUUCAAAAUCUAGAAGAAAAAAAAAUGAAAAGCACUAUCCUCAAAACUGAAACAUUCUUGGUUCUCUUCAUGUUGAUGAACUCUGCUUUCAUUGUGUUAGAAGCUCGUCCAUUGAGUAUCAUUGAGACGGAAAACUCCAUGAACUUGGUUGAUUGGUUAUCACAAUAUUCUUUGGGAGCAAUCAAGCAAGGUGUGCCUAUUGAGACACUCGAAGGGAUUAAGGAUUCGGGUCCAAGUGGAGGAGUUGGACACAAAUUCACCAACACCGACACGCUUGGAGGGAUUAAGGAUUCGGGUCCAAGUUCUGGAGGGCAGGGUCAUAAAUUUACAAACAGUGAGACUCUUGGUGGAAUUAAGAAUUCUGGUCCAUCCCCUGGCCAAGGACAUUAAUAAUAUGAUCUCAAUUUCCUUCCAUUCAUUUCAGCGAGACACUUACCUAAUACAUUGUUGGCAUUUAGAAUGCUAGUUUCAGAUUGAUUAAUUAAUUCCUUCAUUUAUUUCAUAUGUAAACAAAUUCCUUCAUUUAUAUAUGUCUACAUUCUUUUAUUUUCACUUCACUAGUUUUGAUGCUAGUUGUAACAGUCCAAUUGAUGUCCUGUUUGAAUGCUAAGACACACAUUUAACACACUCUUAUUGACACAUGGUC